GCCUCAUUAAUUAAAACGUAUUCGGAGCAGACAGGCCCAGUGCAGUGGCAGUGCAGUGGUGAAAAGACAUGAUUUUCUUUUCCUAAUGAGUAAAGCUUGCCAUUUAUUGCGUCACUUUACUUCUCCAGUUCAUUUAUGUAUACACCCUGUACCUGUUUUAGCAGGAUGGCCAGACUAACUUUUAAUACUGGUACAUGUGCACUACUGGUCUGUGCAUUCAUCAGUGGGUCUCUAGCUGCCCCGCUCACAGGAUCCGAGGACCAGGAACCGUUCAGCCUUCUGGUCUCUGUGUCCCUAUCACUAGCAUCUUUCCUAAUCCUGGUCCUAGCUGUAGUCGGCUGUGCCUGCUGCUUUGGCAAGUCAAGUUUGCUGAAAUACGAGGAGUCUGUAGAGUAUGAAGAACGGAACCCCAACCAGAGUCAUACCAACGAUGGGUUUGCAGACUUCAGCCCACCCACACAGAGCACGCCUUCCUUCCCACCGGGCGGGGUCUCAGAGACGGUCAGUAUCGAGGCCCUGCCUGACCUAUCAUCCAGGCUGCAGACUAGCCAUGGAUUACCACAGGUGAGCACAGCACUGUCCAGUGAUGUAGGUAACCAAGAUGGAGAACUCAAGCACCUGAAAUCACCCAGAUUUGUGUUCCCAAGAGAUCAACUCAACUAUGUGGAUGAGCUCGGCAAUGGCUGGUUUGGAAAGGUGCUGCAAGGUGAAGCACAUAGAUUACACCCAGGGAUGCGUAAGACACGCGUUGUGAUCAAACAACUCAGAGACACCUCUACUCCAGACGAACAACUCCUCUUCUUACAAGAAGUACAACCAUACAGGGAAGUAAAUCAUCCCAACGUCUUGAUGCUACUUGGUCAAUGCAUUGAAAGCAUACCUCUUCUGCUCGUCUUGGAGUAUGCUCCAUAUGGAGACCUGAAGAACUACCUACGCAAGAACCGCGGCAUGGUGGCACAGAUGGCCCAGAAGGAUGUCCAGCUUCGUAUGGCUCAUGAUAUCAUCUCAGGGCUACUCUGGCUCCAUCAAGCCGACUUCAUUCAUAUUGAUUUUGCAGCAAGAAACUGUCAAGUGUGUGCAGAUGCAUCAGUCAAGAUUGGUGAUUAUGGACUGGCUCUGGAACAAUACCCUGAGGACUAUUACAUCACUAAAGACGAGUGUCACGCAGUGCCUAUCAGGUGGCUAGGACCAGAGGUCAUGGAGAUCAGAGGUCAAGAUAUCAAACCCAAGAAAAUCACCAAGAAAUCAAAUAUCUGGUCCUUUGGUGUGAUAAUGCUGGAGCUCUCCACUGCAGCGGACAGACCCUAUCCCGACCUGAGCGACGAGCAAGUCUUGAAGCAGGUCGUCAUGGACCAGGAUAUCAAGCUCGACAAACCCAACCUGGACCUCAAGUAUGCAGAAAGAUGGUUUGAGAUCAUGAUGUUCUGUUGGAUGGACAGUGACACCAGACCAACAGUCAAAGAAGUCCAUGAGCUCCUGACUCACCUGAAAAAUAACAUAGAUAGGUUCCAUAUGGAAGACUUCGAAACAAAAUGGAACGCCCUCAAGCCGGCCAUGGCCAACCAGAGUUCAUCGGAAUGCAGCGAGACCUCCCAGGAAACACCGCAGCAGGAGAUAUCACUUGAGAUUGGUGGUGGGGAUCCUCUGUCCAUUGGCGUGGCUAAAGGGGAUCCUUUGUCAGUGGUCAGUGACAUGUCUCAGAACCAGACACAGCAAGUGGUCAGCGUGGAUGUGACAGGUCCAUCACUCGGCCAGACUGAUCAUGAGGAUCAGCUGUUUGACGACCUUUCCAAGAAGGGACAAGGACAAGAAAAGAAUCAGCCUUUUGAAAUCUCUUUUGAUGAACCAGAACAAGAAGCACCUACGAAUAUGCCGGAAACCGAAACUGUUUCUGAAAUCAUACCAAGCGUAGCGACACCACAAGCAAACAUGGUACCUCCUGCAGGAGGGGACAGCACUCACGAACUCAGCUUUGAGGAUGCCUUUGACACUCCUACACCUCAAGGAGAUAGAAAGACUGAUACUCUGUCUUUUGGACUGGAUGAUAGUGUUCCGAGUGCUGAGGUCACUCCGAAUACCCCAGACUUCUUUUCGUCAGAGGAUGUCAAUCCUGUCGAAGCCAGUACUCCCUUUCCAUCAUCUCAACAACCCAAUAUGCAAGUUUCUAUUGACACCAGUGUGUCAGCCGGAGGGUACAAAACAGCUGAUGGCGGUCUCUUAGACGGGAACGAUAGCACAGUCACGUUCACAGAGUCUUUCAACACCAUGUCAAGUAACCCUUUCAGUAGUAGCACUUCGUCGGAACCCAGUGGCUUUGUCUCGGCCGUUGAGUCCGCAGGUGAUACGUCUAUGGAAGACAGUCGGGAUCAUGAGAACAAUGGGUUUGGGGAGUUUGAGAGUUCCAUGGGACUAUCAUUCGGGACUCCAUCGGAAGGUGAUCUAUCCUCUGUUCGGGAGACACCAACACCUGGUGGACAGAACUCGACGUCCUCAGACUUGUUUGGUGAUCUGUCUCAACCUUCAAAUCCAUUUGAUAGCUCAGCGGCGUCCGUGAGCUUUGGUGUUGGUGUGGAGAGUCCGGCCAUGAAGGAGGUCUCUUUUGACCAGCUGGCACAGAAUGGAGAGGACAAGAAAGACCUUCACAGCUUUAGUGCUAUAACAUUAAAAGAGCAUGAAAAAGAGUCUACUGAUGUUCCUCCAGUAGGCGACCAUGAGAUUACACCUCAAGGCUACGCAGAGGUGAGUGCUGCUGCCAAGAAGUCCUACGGCAUGACCAUGCUGACCGUCACAUCAGGGAAGAAAAAGAAGUCUAUUAAGAUCCUCAAGGAGGAGAAUGGGGAGGAUGCAGGAGAUGCCGCAUCCCACGUUACCAUGGUAACCAACGGCUCCAGCAAGAUGGCGAAGGAUGACGGCAUCUCUAUGGCACCUCCUGCUUCCGGUCCAGGACCUAAUCUCCUGGAUCUCGAUAUCCCUGUAUCGGGUCUAGAUCAAGGAUCUGGACUGGCUCCUGGUCUAACACUUGGAUUCGGCACCAUAGAGGUGGAGGUGUCCAAUGAUGGAGGGGAUGCGGUGGUGGUCCAAUCGCAGAGCCCAGACUCGGUUGAGUUUGGCUCUUUUGAAGAUGUCAGUAAAGAAUUAUAAAACUUGUUUAUAUUCAGUGUCUUUCUUUCAAAACCAAAAUGUACAUUAUGCAUAAAAAGUAUAUUAUACCAUGAAAAGUCAACAAGAGAUUUAUAUACAAAAAAUCCAAUAUAUUUGCUUAAUACUUUAUUAUUAGUGGUACAGUACAUAUAAAUUGUUAUGUAGAAGUACAAUGUAGAACCGUAUCUGAAAGAUAUUGUUUGGUUUGCAUUUUUGGUAUACAUGAAUAUUUCUAAUUCUACCAGUAGUCAAUUAUCAGAGGAAAAUCCAGUUUAUUAUUAGGAAGGGUUUUUGUACUCGGCGUACAGAGUAUAUUGCAAGAACAUGAAUUAUGUUGAUUAAUGUUCUAACAAAUUUGCCAACUACAUGUCUGAUUUACUUUAUUUAGCUUACAAUGUGUGUGUGUUAGUUUGAGGGAGGGAGAGGUACUGGAGCUGCUAUUGAUGCAAAUUUGAUUGAUGCUAAUUUUAUUUUUGCCAUAAGAUUUACAAAAUGAAAUUAGAAAUGUCAAGGAUUAAUUUCUAACUGAGUUAAAAAUUCAAUUUUAUCUGGUAUUCAUCUCUUUCUGUAGGUAUUCAUCAAAUGCUAGGAAUCUUUCAGUUAACAAAGUAUCAUCUGAUAAAAAAAGACAAUUGGAUAUUCUUAUUUGCUUUUUUGCUGCCAAAUGUUGUAUGAUUCAUAGUUACAUUUCGAGAAAGAGACACCCAGUUUACAAAAAAGAAAGAAAGAAGACUUUCCAAAAUAUUCAAAUUCUCUUUUUAUUUGAAAAUAUUGUUAUUUUGAUCUUUGGUGCAAAUGUGAUUCAGUAAUUAUUAUUCAGGAAAGGGAAUACUACUUCAACUCGGCCAAAAUAAAUGUUGGGGACAUUAAUUUUGUGCUGUAAAUAUUACUUGUCUUUAAUUAAUAUUGUCAUGACUUUGAAAAACAGUAUGUUAUUACAAAGUACUACCGCCAAAUCUAAUUGACCAUCACAAAAUAGAGCAAAUGAAAUAAAGGUCAUGCACUAUGUGAUGAUGUUUUCCUUUUAUUAGUGAUUAUAUGAGAUUAUGAGCAACUGAGAUUAAUGAAAUAAGACUUUUUCCGGUACUCUGAAAGUGGGACAGUACUAAGCUGAGGCAGAAUAUCCUCAAUUGCAAAGAAAUGAUUUGAUAGUUAUUUAAUAUUUGCUGAACAGUCAGUGAAAAGUGCUGCAGAACUAUACCUCUGCUUUCUUUUCAGCAUAAAUUGUGCACACAUUGCAUGAGUUCUCUAAUAAACAGUACUAGCAGUUCUAUUUAAUUAAUUGGUAUUCUAAUGGUGUAUUCAUACUGUAACACAUAAUAUGUUAGCAGAGGUGUUGCCUUUCCUUUCAACUUGAAAUAUUUCAAUAAAUUUAUGAAAAAACAAAGGAGUCAUCAAUAUGUCAAAUAAUCACUGCUUGUCUUGCAAUAAUAUUAGCAGCACAAUGAAUUGUUCAAAAACUAUUUCUCUUGCAAUUUAUGCACAUUCAAAGGAAAAAUUAAUUAGAUUUUUGAAAGUAUGUACAAAUAAGAUGUUAGAACUCUGUAAUACUUCUAAUAUUGUUGCUUUAAAGAAGCAAAUCAAAAUGCCAUUAAAUCUCGACCAAGAAAUAACUAUAUGUACUUGGUUAAUUCGCUAUAAACACUGAAGGACAGGUGAUUUGUUGUUUAACACACGCCAAACUGUAGCAAGUAACACUUGUAACAAAUAGUGCUAGUAUAUAUAACCAUUAACAUAAAAAGCAGUUAUCACGUUACAUUUGGUUGAUCUUUUUUUUUCCUCUGGGUAUCUUGCCUGUAUAAUCCCUCUUUGCCAUACAAGUUCAUCUUGUUCAUGCCCUCUUAUUAAAAAUUCUUUGCAAUUUAGCCAGAAUUGCCAUAUGCCCAUCAUACAAGUAGACAUGGGUUCUGCAUUCCACAUUGGUUAAAGCAAUAGGUUCAUAGGUUAUGGUACAAAACGGUAGCUCAAAGUUGCAGAUUAAUAUCAUAUUUUGAAUCAUUUAAUGAUUUAUAUUCUAAAUUGAGUUGAAAAAUUAAUAAUCCACUCUUGUGUCUAAAUUGACAUGUUGCAUGUAAUACAUUUGGGGAUUUGCAGUCAUAUAGAUCUUUAAUUUGAAUGUUUAUCGUAUUCUUCAAAGGUAUUAGUAUCCAACUUUGUUGAAAUUAGUCUUCUCAAUGCAUGUCUUCUUCUCUAUGCUUCACUAAUGGUUAUCCUUUAUUAAAUGAUACUUAAGUGUAUAUAUUUAAUGGACAUAGUACUUGUAUCCUAUGAAAUAUUGUUGCCCAUUACAAAUAAUCAUUUGGGUUUGAUUACUAAUUGGAUGAUGUAAUAAAUAAAAGCACAGUGCUGGCUAAUUUUUGAGGUGUUAAGUACUAGCAUUCAGGCUAAUGAACUUUGAAAUUACAGUAUAGUAUUCACGUUAUAUUUUUGUUUCUAAUUUGUAUUCUGAUAGGUAAAAUAGUGAAUGGUAUGCUGUGAUUUAAAAAAUGUGAAUGAUGAAAUAUUGCACAAUGAAGUGUUAUUCAAUUACAAAAAGCUAGAUGUAUCAAUUUUAAUUACAUACUUCAAGAAUGUGUCUUACAUAUAUAAAGGUAUAAGUGACCUUUCUCCUGAUAUUUUGAAUAUUGUAUAAAAAAUAAUUGUAUUUUUUUUCUUUAAACGAUGAACAUUUACUUCACUUUGAAAUUUAUGUUUAAAGGUAGACUUUGUACAUUUUCGUUUUGAAUAACAAUUUGUGAUUGUUACGGUAUUCAGUUUUGAAUAAGUUAGAUGGACAGUUGUGUGAUUCCUGUUUUGCAUGUAUUCAGAACAAGUACAAACAAUGGAUUGUUAAAUAUGAAUUACAAUUAGCUUUAAAAUGAAGGUUCAAAUUUGAAUCGAUUCAGUAUAUAUAUUAGAUCAUUUCAUUAUAGAGACAUACAAAUUUAAUAUAGUUAUAUCGAAACAAUAUGAAGAAAAGAAUUGUAUAUGAUUGCUAUUUUUGCUAUGAAAAAGGUGUGAUGUUUAAUUUACAAUCAACUCUUUAAUGUGUGUGUCUGCUGUGAAUUUAUAAUCAAUAUUUUGUCUAGAAUAUUGAGUUAAGAGGAUAUUUUUGGUACCUAUAUGCUCCUGUUGCUUUCUAUUUUAAUCAUGGGUAGGGGGGGGCACUUUGGCAUGUGGUAUAAGUUGAAAUCAGAAUGUUUUAUUAAAAAAAGAACCACUUUUUUACAUGGGACAUGAAAAUUCAGAAUUAAGGGGCAACCAGUAAUUUUUUAGAAACUCAAGAUAUAAAGAGUAUAAUUUGAAGCAAAUAAUGUCAAAAUGAUAAAGUUCAAGAAAUUUCAUUGCAUACAGAGAUAUUGUGAGAGAAUGAUCAAAUUGAUUGAAUUUUACAAGAAACUACAUGGCAGCAUUAAUUUUGAUACAAUUGUAUAAUUGAUAAUAUUUGUGUAAAUGUGUCAUCACUCUCACAGCAACAGUUUUUACUAAUAUGAAUUUGAUAAUGCUUCCUAGGUAUAUUUGCCUCUUCAUAAUAUUUAAGAACAAAGUUUCAGUUGACGAUAGGCCAGUUUUAAGUUUGAUAAUUUAUCAAGUACCAAGCAAGCAUGAGAAUUGACUAUAGGAUAUUUGAGAAAUGUUUGACUAUGAAAAAGUACUUUCAUAGAUAGGACAUACAUAAAGCUACUUAGUAGUAAAUGUGCUAUGCAUGGAAUCAUUACAGUGCUAUGGUUUGUCUAUGUAAAGUCAGACAGGGGUUCGUAUUUCAAAAUAUAUAUUCAUUUUCAUUGUAAUAUGAGACAGGAUAUAGUAUCUCAAAAUAUUGUACAAUUUGUGAUUUCUUACUUUGUACGUGAAUAAAUCUAGGGUCAUUUGAUACAGCCGGAGGCUGACAAAAGUAAGGCUAGGCCCAAAUCUUUAAACAAUAUUUGUUCAAUAUCAAAUACGGUCUGUGCCUGCAGACUACUUAUCAAGCCUAAAAAAUCAGUAAUUUUAUAUUACUGCAUAUAUUAUAGAAAAGGAUUAGAAAAAAAGCAUUAUUCAUUAUUAAAGUGUUGUAACCAUUUAUGGAUGUGAAUUCUUCCUGUGUUAAACCAUAUUAUAUAUUUCAAAGAUGCCUGCAAUUAAUUUAGCUCAGUAUACCAAAGCAUUUUAAAGAUUAGUAUGUAGUGAAAACAAAGUAAUAGAUUUUGGGUACAUCUCUGAUAUGCAUUUUCAACUUCAAUUAUUUCUCUUAUGAAGUACUUAAGUAUCUGAAAUAUUUGAUUAAAUAACCACUUCAUAAUUAGGGCUGUAUUUUCUCUCCUUUGUGUUCAUUGACUCGUAUCAACCCAAAUUGAAGAGAAUUAUUUUGGAUUUUAUUUUUUGAUAUGAGGAAUAGAAUAGAAUAGGUUAAUUUCUGUUUUGGAAAUUUACUUUGAUACUUGUUAAUUGAUUAUUUACCACAUCAACAUUGUAUUCAUUGAAAUUGAUUUAUUAUUUUUGUAUAUGUUGAAGUAUCUGAUAUUAAGUCAGGAUUUUACUUUAAAUUGAUAAGAAUCUGUCAUUCUUGUAGAAGAAUAAAAUAUCCCUAUCAUCAAAAGAGGCAA